GUGACGUAUGAGUGCGCCACAAAGGCCACAAACGUGACGCUGGUGUCUGGCGCUUGUGGCGUGCCUCGUGUCUUUGGUUUUGUUUCGUGCGCUGAAAAGGAAAUUUUCAUGAUGUCAUCACACUUGACCUGGAUGAUCAUCCGAAACAACAAUGCUUAUCUUUUGAAGAAAAGAAAUAUUAAGAAACCUUUUAGUACAGAGCCAAAUAAUCUUAACAACCUGAGCUCUUAUCGAUAUAGUGGACUUAUUCAUAAAAAGAGUGUUGGUGUAGUGGCUGCACCAGACAACAAGGGAUUCACUGUGGUGUACAAGAAAAGCAGAUCAUCGUACAAACCCGCAAAAUCUGUGGUGAAAAGAACAAUGAAAGCUGGUCCACGGCGUUCUUUGUAUAAGCUGAAGAGGUUGCUGAGAGCUAACAAAUAUAGGACAGACCUCACCAAGUUUCUCUGUAUUGCAGGCAGCUUUACGCAGAGCCAGUGCAGUGUUGAAGUCACAGAAGCCACUACCAAUUAAGAAAGCACGUGCAAAGAAGUCUGAUUAAGGAUUUUGUAGUCUUAGAUGGCUUAAUAAAGAUUCUUGAUUUGA